AUGAUUUUACCCCGACGGCCUCCGCGCCUCACCUUGAUCGUCGCCCUCGCCUUCGUCGCUAUCCUCCUGCUCUACAACCCGUACUGGCUGUCCGCGUCGUCCGUCGCGGGCCCAAGGGCGCCCGAGUCGCCACCAGUCAGCGUCCGAUUCCGUCCGAGUUCCUUCAACUGGUCGACCGCCCGCCAGUUUCAUGCCGUUUCCGACCCUCUCACGCCUCUCCCGACGGGCAAGCCCCUCAGGCUCCCGCGCGUCCAACACGACUUCAGCACCGCGGACCCGCACCCUGAAGCUCAGAAGCGCCAGAAAGCCGUCCGGGACGUCUUCAAAAAGGGCUACGAUAGCUAUAAACGUCAUGCGUGGACCCGGGACGAGCUCACGCCCGUGAGUGGCGGGGGAAAGGACACCUUUGGAGGAUGGGCCGCCUCGUUGGUCGACUCGCUGGAUACGCUGUGGAUCAUGGACUUCCGUACCGAGUUCUAUGCUGCCGCCGAGGUCGCUGCCCGGCUCGAUUGGGCCAACACAACAGAGGCCAGUGCCAACAUGUUUGAGACGACGAUUCGGCACUUGGGCGGCCUUCUCAGCGCGUAUGAUCUCAGUGGUGAGGCGGCUCUCCUGGAGAAGGCGAAGGAGCUCGGAGAUAUGCUCUACAUGGGUUUUGAUACGCCCAAUAGGAUCCCCGGGUUCUGGUUGAAUUUCGAAGACGCAAAGGAGGGAUCACAGCUGGCCGGGACACACGACCCGUCGGCAUCUCCCGGCUCACUAUCCCUCGAGUUCACACACCUCUCGCAGCUCACCGGUGAUAUCAAGUAUUUCGACGCCGUCAACCGCAUCACCCGCUUCUUCGAACGCACCCAGUACCGGUCCAAGCUCCCCGGAAUGUGGCCUAAGAUGAUCAACUUUCGGGACGAGAGGGUCGACACCGAUAACGGCUUCACGCUGGGCGCGCUCGCGGAUUCGCUGUACGAGUACCUGCCCAAGAUGUACACUCUCCUCGGCGGCCUGGACAAGACAUACGAGAAGAUGUACGUCGGCGCCAUGGCGAUCGUGGAGCAGCAUCUGCUGUUCCGGCCGAUGACGGAGGACAACGCCGACAUCCUCUUCGCCGGCGACGCCUACGUCAACAUCGACCGGGUCGACCACGUCGCCGAGGGCCAGCACCUCUCCUGCUUCGUGGGAGGCAUGCUGGGUCUGGGCGGCAAGCUGUUCGCCAUCGACAACCACGUCGACCUCGGCGACCGCGUCGCCCGCGGCUGCGCCUGGGCCUACGAAGCCAUGCCUUCGGGCAUCAUGCCCGAGAUAUUCAACCUCAUCGGCUGCUUCUCGACGACGGAGAAGUGCCAGUGGGAGGAGAAGAGAUGGCAGGACGAGGGCGACAAGGGCCUGCACAAGGGCUUCAAGAACACGCGCGAUCCCAAGUACAUCCUCCGUCCCGAGGCCAUUGAGAGCAUAUUCUUGCUCUACAGGAUGACCGGGCGGCAGGACCUGCAGGAGACGGCCUGGAAAAUGUUUCAGUCGGUCGUCAAAGCCACGGGGACGGAGUUGGCCAACUCUGCCAUUGCCGACGUCACGGUUCCUCCUGACAAGACCCGGAAGACGGACUCGAUGGAGAGCUUCUGGUUCUCGGAGACACUAAAGUACUACUAUUUGAUCUUCUCCCCUCCUGAGCUUCUAAGCUUGGACGAGUAUGUUUUCAACACCGAGGCACAUCCUUUUAGGCUUCCGACAUGA